CUGCCAUUUGCGAUGGCUUUUCCUUCUUGCUUUUCCCCGCAACGCUAUAUUGUUUUCAUUGGGUUUUUGCUAAUGUUAAAUUAAGUUAAAAUAAUUAUAAUGCGGUGUCAAGUUGGAGAAAUGGAAGAACCACGCAACGUGGAGUAAAAACCUGCGGAUGACGGAAAUCUGAAACAACAGAAAAUGCUGGGAGUGCUUCAUUGUCAAGCAGCAUCAUUGAGAGAAAAAGAGUUAAUAGUUCAGGUCAAAGACUCUAUGCCUGAACUGGGAAAGGCACAGGUUGAAAUCAUAGACAUUUAUGAGUCAAUAUUAGAGAGGAAACGUCAUGACAGUGAAAGGUCCUCUGGCAGUCCAUUGGAACAGAAUGACAUCGAAGCUGUGGAAGCUCUUGUUUGUAUGAGCUCCUGGGGACAACGGUCACAAAAAGGGGAUCUCUUAAAAAUGCGGCCACUGACACCUGCUUCGGACACAGAUUCUGUGCACUGUGAAUCUGUCCCUCCAGUGUUGCAGAGAGAUUUCCAUUCAUUCUCAUUCCUCUGUAUGACACCACCACACAGUCCUGGUGUUGUUGAAUCUGGUAAUACUCCCCCAGUGCCACAAAUUACCUACACAAAACCAGCAACUAUCACUGCAAGCACUGGAGUCCAUGCUGUCAAUACGAAGACUGUGAAGCCUGCUCUAGUGAACAUUCACGAGUUUUCACACAGGAAGUCUGCUGCAGCUGAAAAGACUGGUGCCUCACACUGCCGGUCAGUGGCCACUAGUGUUAUCCGUCAUACUGCUGAUAAUUCCCCUUGCUGCCACAUUCCUUCACCGUCAGUGAUCGAAAGGCCCCGCUCGAGUCUCCAAAGCCUUGGGAUGAGGGCAAAAGGAAAUGCAACAAGCCAGUGUAAGCACGCUAAGGAGAUGCAUUUGGCCUCUGGUUCUGAGAGCUGGUGCUGUUCACAGCAAAAUGUCUCCAGAUCAGUUGGCCAGGACCUAGAGCCAACAGUACCCUCCCUAGCACUAUCUUGUACAACAAACAAAACUGAAACUGAACAUCAAAGCCUAGCCAGUUCCCUACCAGCACGUUUACCCCCUCCCCCUGUGCCAAACACUCCGGUGAUCUGUCAGAUGGUGCCUGUGAAUGGAGGUGGAGGCGGAGUCAUUUCAGCGUUGGUCCCAAAACCAAGCAACUGUGUAAAGCCUAUACUUCCCCAGACAUCUCCAGUUUCUCAGCCUCUUCUGUUGGGAACCUCAGUAUCACAAGGGACUGUGAUGUUUGUGCUCCCUCAACCUACUCUAACGCCGUCAUCUCCUGCUCAUCAAACGAUAAUGACCGUGGGCAACACGAAGUUGCUACCGCUGGCUCCUGCUCCAGUGUUUGUUUCAUCGAGUCAACACUGUGCCCCACAGCUGGACUUCUCCAGAAGGCGUAAUUAUAUUUGCAACUUCACCGGGUGCCGUAAGACCUACUUCAAGAGUUCGCACUUGAAAGCACAUCUCCGAACACACACAGGCGAGAAACCAUUUAAUUGUAACUGGGAAGGAUGCGACAAAAAGUUUGCCCGCUCAGACGAACUGUCACGACACCGCAGGACACACACUGGAGAGAAGAAGUUCAUGUGCCCCGUUUGUGAUCGACGCUUCAUGCGCAGUGAUCACCUCACAAAACAUGCUCGGCGUCACAUGACCACAAAGAAAGUUCCUAAUUGGCAGGCAGAGGUCAACAAACUGAACAAAAUAGCUAUUUCAGCCCCCUCUGCCAUCCCUGGGAAAAACAUGCUGCUUCCUCCCGCAACAUCCAGCUAAAUCAGACGACUUGCAGAUAACAUUUGCACUAAAUGAGUUAUCAACAGAACUGAAGAAGUGGCGGUUGUUUGAUGGAAUGCUUGAGAAAUUCUGAAAGCAAUGUGCUUUACUACAUUUUCAAAGUAUGACUUAUCUUUCUGACAUACUGUAUGUGAGUGGUAACAAGACUUUUAUGAACGGGUUGAAUGCAUUAAUAACAAACUUAAGGGUGGAAGUUUCCUCAUUUGCUAUGGGGAAAUUCUGCAGUGGUUCAUGGAAAUUUUCAUCUAAAUAUUUUAAAUGUAUUGUAAAUAGUAUUUGCUAUGCAUAUUGUAUAUUUCUAUUUAAUAAAUCAAUUUUCACGUA